AUGGAGAUCAAUAUUCAAAUCAAGAAUGCGCAGCCCGAAGACCUGCUGCAGGCGUUUGCAGCAUUGAGCGGUGGAUCAGCAUCCUCGGCACCAUCGGCGGCACCCCCUACUACUGGGCAAGGGAGACCGCCCUUGAAAAGAAUCCGCAAAGAAGCUCGAGCCACGACCGCGGCAACAAGGAGAUCCCCGAGCCUAUUAUUCAGUCAAGAAGAGCUCCGGGCGCUCCAGGCAGCCAACCCGCAGGGAGUGGUGCAAUCUUCUACGGAUGUUGCGGAGGACACCGAGACCGGGCAGAGCGCAGCUGGAUCCGGCGCCAAGGCCAAGCGGAAGGCUCAACCGUUUUCUGCAUUCCGCAAGCACGAGGGACGCACCAUGUCCCCUCGACCCUACUUCCAAAGGAGUGAUCAGCUUGGAGCAGGAGAAGCCAUUGCUCGUGAGGAAGAAGCGUGUGGACUCAAGAUCCCCAAGGCGCAGUCCUACAGGGCGAGGUCGCAGCAACUCCAAACCUUCCAGACCGAGGGCGAUUUUAAAAUCCAGAUCGCACACUCCCAAGACAAGAUCUCGCACUCCCAGGACAGUGAGACGCUCGAGAUAUGCCGGUUCUACUGCGCCUACAGCAUCCAGACAACAGGCAUCAAGGGCAUCGGGAUCACAUUCAGCAAGAACAUCAAGCAAUUCCGAGUAAACUGGCGAGACAUUGAGAUCCCGCAGUUCCCCAUACAUGACUCUACCAAGCAGUAUGUGGACGCACUCUGCGCUGCAGCAGAGUUCAGAAUCAACUCCGGAGUUCUCCUGGAGCACGACCUCACGUGGGACAGAGGAGGAGAUGCAUCGCCAGAGACAAUGAGGAGAUUCUAUUUCUUGCAAUCUUCGGAUCUCACUUUGCAGGACCCACCUCUACCAACACGGCAAGAAAAGAUCUUGUUCUGGUCGCACGCAACAGACGUGGGGGCGCUAUGGCAUAUGUUGAAGCAGCGUGACAUGCGUCCGAUGAUGAACGCGCAUGGAGUGGCGGCAUUCGGCUGCAACAUAUUUUAUGCGCUAGGCCACGAGAUGUCCGGGUCGGACAUCGACGAACAUAACCUGACCCGGGUGAUCUUCAACACCACGCGCAGCGCCAAGAACCUGGCAGGCAUCGUCGUGGGCGGACGUGCAUGGGGAUCUCUUCUCAAACACCUUGGCGGGUCCUAUGAAACAGCUCGCGCAGCCACUGAGGAGGAUGAGGUGCUCAAAGAUGCGAAUGCAAAAGCUUAUUGUGACUCCGAGCACUACGACACCAACCUCGUCUUCAAGUCAACCCUUCGGAAGAACGUGGAGCCGACAGCUUGGAGCCGCGCCAAAGGCCUUGCAGGCAUGGACAUUCGGGACGUUACUGUCGCGCAUCUUUGCAGACAUGGCAUGGAAGAAUUUGGUCUCCGAGGACUUUCCCACGGCAAGUUCACCGGCAUGAUUUUAACGCGCAACAUCGCCGAGAGUGUCUUUCUCUCCCAGCUCCAAAAGAAGCUCCGCGAGAACAACGUCGACGUUGAUGCCACCGUCGACGCCAUCUACAAGAGCAAAAGUGAGAAAGCCCCGGACAAGGUCAAAGAGGCUACAGCCUUCGUGACGCCCCUGGUGGACACCAUCUUCGACGCCAUCAAGCCAUGGGCGCAAGUUCGCAACUAUGCCGCCAAGAGCGCCGACAGCGACAAUCAAGCAGCUCAGCGCAUGCAGGCCCUCGAAGAGCAGACCGCGAAGUACAAGCCACGCCUACGCAGUGCGGGACUUGAAGACAUCCUUGCCGAGCCCCACAAUGUUAUUCGCGCAAGUGGACAAGAGCCGCCGACCAGUAUGACAUCGAUCGCAACCUGGGUCGCGAACCUCAAGCAAAGCCUCCCCCGAGACAAGCACCCGGAGGUCGACAACCACAUACAAUCCAUGCAGACGAUCCUCGAGAAUGCCAAGCACACCAAGGCAGAGCUGCAGCAGAUGGCCACGCGAUGGGGACUCCCAAUAUCCCUCAGUACAGCGCCAAAGGCAUCGCCCAAGAACCUCCAGCAGCUGAUUGCGGCUGUCACCUAG